AUCGAAAAACCUGUUUCUGGCUUCCAGAUUUUCUCUGAGGCGGUUUAUUGCCUGGCGAAUCUGGGGUUUGGUGUCGCGGGAUAUGCUGGGUGAUGUAGUUCGUGGAUUGGAGCAGUUUCGCGAGCGGAACUGUGUGAAAAGCGAUCGGGGUGCUGCGGAACCCCCAGAGGCGCGUUAGCCGUGUUGCGUGUUUCCUGGCGGAGCGGCAAGUCUGCCGCGGGUGGCCUUUCCUGGCUUCCUCUGCCCGGGCCCCUGCUUUGAAGCGGCCUCCCAAUAGUGCGAGAAGGCACAAGCCCUCCUUAAUGGAAUAGCUGGGAAGGAUUUUCCUGCCCCUACCCUUCCUUUCAGAUCAACUUGAAGCACCAGUAAAUGGUAGGAUUUUUAAAAAACCUCCUGAUAACUUAUGAAACUUAGAUGUUUGUAUCUCUGAUUGUGUAUGAAUGGGAUAAUCCUGUUAAAGAAGCUGGAGAAUAGCAGCAGAAAUGGAUGAGCAAGCUCUUCUAGGAUUAAAUCCAAAUGCUGAUUUAGAUUUCAGGCAGCGAGCAUUGGCCUAUUUUGAACAGUUGAAGAUAUCUCCUGAUGCUUGGCAAGUGUGUGCUGAAGCUUUAGCCCAAAGAAUCUACAGUGAUGAUCACAUCAAGUUCUUCUGCUUUCAAGUUUUGGAACAUCAAAUUAAAUACAAGUGUUCUCAACUAAGUGAAGUACAGCAACAGCUAAUUAGGGAAACACUGGUAACAUGGCUACAGGCACAGAUGGUGAAUUCUCAGUCAGAGAAGACAUUUAUACGAAACAAAGCAGCUCAGGUCUUUGCUUUGCUGUUUGUUACAGAAUAUCUUACAAAAUGGCCCAAGUUUUUCUUUGAUAUUCUGUCUGUGGUAGGCCUGAAUCCUCGAGGUGUGGACCUUUAUCUCAGAAUUCUUAUGGCAGUUGAUGCUGAACUGGUAGAUAGGGAUGUUGUUCAUACCUCAGAGGAGGCUCGCAGAAAUACUCUACUAAAGGAUACUAUGAGGGAGCAAUGCAUUCCAAGUUUGGUUGAAUCAUGGUAUCAAAUCUUGCAAACAUAUCAGUAUACAAAUUCAGAAUUGACAUGUCAGUGCCUUGAAGUAGUAGGAGCAUAUGUCUCUUGGAUAGAUUUGAGUCUAAUUGCAAAUGAAAGGUUUAUAAAUAUGCUGCUAGGUCACAUGUCCAUAGAAGUUUUACGAGAGGAAGCAUGUGACUGCUUGUUUGAAAUUGUAAAUAAGGGAAUGGAUCCAAUUGAUAAAACUAAGUUGGUAGAAACUUUGUGUCAAGUUUUGCAGUCUGCUGGCCUAUUUAUAGUUGAUCAGGAAGAAGAUGUAGAUUUUCUAGCUAGAUUCUCUAAACUGAUAAAUGGAAUGGGGCAGGCAUUGAUAGCUAGCUGGUCUAAACUUGUGAAGAUUGGAGAUUUGAAAAAUGCUCAAGAUAGUCUACAAGCAAUUGAAGCAAAAGUGGCUCUAAUGCUACAACUUUUGAUUCAUGAAGAUGAUGAUAUAUCUUCAAAUAUAAUAGGGUUUUGUUAUGAUUAUCUGCACAUAUUGAAACAGCUCCCUGUGCUUUCAGAACAACAAAAAGCUAAUGUAGAGGCAAUUAUGCUGGCAGUAAUGAAAAAAUUAACAUAUGAUGAAGAAUACAACUUUGAAAAUGAGGGUGAAGAUGAAGCCAUGUUUGUAGAAUAUCGGAAACAGCUAAAACUGUUGUUGGAUAGACUUGCACAAGUCUCACCUGAAUUACUACUAGUUUCUGUUCGCAGAGUUUUUAACACUACAUUGCAGAAUUGGCAAACCAAACCAUUUAUGGAAGUAGAAGUAGCAAUAAGAUUGUUAUACAUGUUAGCUGAAGCUCUUCCAGUAUCUCAUAGUGCUCACUUUACAGGUGAUACAAAAGCUAGUGCUCUGCAAGAUAUGAUGCGGACUUUGGUUACAUCAGGUAUUAGCACAUACCAACACACAUCAGUAACUCUGGAAUUCUUUGAGACUGUGGUCAGAUAUGAAAAAUUUUUCUCUCUGGAACCUCAGCACAUUCCGAAUGUUUUAAUAGCAUUCUUGGAUCACAGAGGUCUUCGCCAUACUAAUCCAAAAGUACGAAGCAGAAUAGCAUACCUUUUUUCCAGAUUUGUCAAAUCCCUCAAUAAACAAAUGAACCCUUUUAUUGAAGAUGUAUUGAACAGAAUACAAGACCUGCUAGAGCUUUCUCCACCUGAGAAUGGUUACCAGGCUUUAUUAACCAGUGAUGAUCAACUCUUUAUUUAUGAGACUGCAGGAGUAUUAAUUGUGAAUAGUGAAUACUCUACGGAACGUAAGCAGGCUUUAAUGAGGAACCUCUUGACUCCUCUAAUGGAGAGAUUCAAAGUGCUGCUAGAGAAACUUGUGAUGGCACAAGAUGAAGACAGACAGAUGGCAUUAGCUGACUGCCUAAAUCAUGCUGUAGGUUUUGCAAGCCGUACUAGCAAAGCUUUCAGCAACAAGCAGACAGUCAAACAAUGUGGAUGCUCAGAAGUGUAUCUGGACUGCUUACAAACAUUUCUACCAGCUCUUAGCUGCCCCUUGCAGAAGGAAGUUCUUAGAAGCGGUGUACGCACCUUUCUUCACCGAAUGAUUAUUUGUUUAGAGGAAGAAGUUCUCCCAUUCAUUCCUUCGGCCUCUGAACAUAUGCUCAAGGAUUGUGAAGCAAAAGAUCUUCAAGAAUUUAUUCCCCUCAUAAACCAGAUCACAGCAAAGUUUAAGACCCAGGUCUCCCCAUUUCUCCAGCAAAUGUUUAUGCCAUUACUGCAUGCUAUUUUUGAAGUAUUGCACCAACCUGCUGAAGAUAAUGACCAAUCUGCUGCUUUAGAAAAGCAAAUGUUGCGAAGGAGUUACUUUGCCUUCCUACAAACAGUCACUGGCAGUGGAAUGAGUGAAGUCAUAGCAAAUCAGGGUGCAGAGAAUGUAGAACGUGUACUGUUUACAAUCAUCCAAGGAGCAGUUGACUAUCCUGAUCCUAUUGCUCAGAAAACUUGCUUUAUUAUUCUUUCAAAAUUGGUGGAACUUUGGGGAGGCAAAGAUGGACCUGUGGGUUUUGCUGACUUUGUCUAUAAACAUAUUGUUCCUGCAUGUUUCUUAGCACCUUUGAAACAAACAUUUGACUUAGCAGAUGCACAGACAGUAUUGGCUUUAUCAGAAUGUGCAGUGACAUUAAAAACAAUUCAUCUCAAAAGGGGACUUGAAUGUAUCCAGUAUUUGCAACAGGAAUAUCUCCCUUCAUUGCAAGUAGCCCCUGAAAUAAUACAGGAAUUCUGUCAAGCACUUCAGCAGCCUGAUGCUAAAGUUUUUAAAAACUACUUAAAGGUAUUCUUUCAAAGAGCAAAACCCUGAGGAAUCUACUGGAAUUUCUGCCUGUCUCCCUUAAUCAGGAACUCCAGAUAUUAACUUAUAGGAAUGCUAACUUCUGUGCCAUUCAAUUUUUUUUCUAUUUUUAGUUUAUCUGUGCAUAAAUCAUAUGUAUAUUAGCCUUUUUACAUAAUACAGGAGAAUUGCCUAUAUACUUUGCUGGUUGAUGCACAUAAAGGCAUAAAGAUAACACAAGGUGCCUGAUUGCCUGUUUCAAACAGUACAUUGGAUAACUAUAAAUUGUAAUUAAAAAAGCAAAAAUAAAAUGCUUUUUUAUUUUGAAAUUAAACAGUGUAUAUAAAUUCCAAAUUACAUAGAAAUGGUUAUAAAUUGUAUACAAUUUAAAAUAAAUAUGAGCAUAUUAGAAACAAGAUUCAUUUGUUCAUGUAUUGUGGAAUAAAAUAAAACAAUCAAACUCUAUUUGUAGAUAGAUCUUUCUUUGAAUGGACUAAACACAGAAAUCAAAACCGUUAUUAAUAGAUCGAUAAGAAAUAUAUGUGGCACUACCUUUUUAUACAAACAAAUAAACAUUAUUCAAUGAAAUUGUUAAAUUGUCUUAAAUUAUUUUUAUAUGUUGGCCAUUAAGUCAGCUGUCUGUGUACUGAAUAGAAUUGUUGUUUAACUCUUUUUUCAAAAACUGGUAUCUGAACAGAAUUUUUAUAUUUAUUUUAGAAGCUCUGUAAACAAAUUAAUGAAAGACACAAUUUAUCUUGGGUGCAUACAGUUAUAUUUACAAGACUCAAUAAAAUUUUCUUCUAGUUA